UUUUUCGCUAGUCAUGGAGUUUUACUUUGAAAAGACGCCCCCGGAUGACGAUGGUCUGAUGCGGGCCAACAUGGCGUCAACUUGACAGCGUUCCCCGACUCGGUUAGGGACUGUAGCCCUCCUCCCUCAGCUCUCCCCUGGGCGGUUCCAGCCCGACGGACGUUUAGCUCGAAAGCUCACCGACAAACUCUCAGCGCAGACACAAACAUGGCGUCUGUCUUCGCCGACAACUUCAGAUGAAAAGUGGCGAACAAGUCCAGCAAAGUUGUUACGGAGUAUUUCCGAGUGCGCGUGCAGUGUUUGCACGCCGUCAAUGUUUAACUUGUUUCGGUUUGCGCUAAUAAAAGCACAGGAGAUACCCGAGCAGCAAGUUGCCUACAUGUCAACAUUGUCUGUGGCUGCAGUGUAAACAGCUGGUGCCCCCAGCCAUGAUCGAGGACAAGGGUCACCGCGUGACCGACUACUUUGUGGUGGCCGGGCUGACAGACAAGUCCACGCCCCUGGAGCAGGACCUGUCAGAGACCAAGUCCAGCGGACCUAAAGCACCCAUCACAGACUUGGCCGUGAUCAACAGGUCGGCGGGAGAAACGGUGCCUGAGGGCUUCACGUGCGUUGAUAGCACCCCCAGCGGCCUGCCGGCCAACCUGAACCAUGGCAGCCUGAAGAGCCCCGAGCUGUUCCUGUGCUACAGGAGGGGUCGAGGGAAGCCUCCCCUCACUGACGUCGGGGUUCUGAAUGAGGGGAAGGAGCGUCUGAUCCAGGGCUGUGAGGUCAUCCAGGCCACACCGUAUGGCCGCUGUGCCAACGUCAACAACAGCUCCGCCACCUCGCAGCGCAUCUUCAUCACCUUGCGCCGAGCACUGCCCGUCCAGCCACAGAACUCCCUGGCGGUGACGGACAUCUGCGUCAUCAUCACCAGCAAGGGCGAGACGCCACCACACACCUUUUGCAAAGUGGACAAGAACCUCAACUGUGGCAUGUGGGGCUCCAGUGUGUUCCUGUGUUACAAAAAGUCAGUGUCUGCCUCCAAUUCCAUCAGUUUCAAAGCUGGUCUAAUCUUCCGUUAUCCUGAGGAGGACUAUGAUUCUUUUCCUCUGUCAGAGUCGGUCCCUCUGUUUUGUCUGCCCAUGGGUGCCAAGAUCGAGUGCUGGGCACCAAACACACGUGAUCCUCUGCCCGUCUUCUCCACGUUUGUCUUAACAAUCUCUUCAGGUGAAAAGGUGUAUGGAUCAGCCAUCCAGUUCUACGAGCCGUACCCGGUGGACCUGCUGAGCGAGAAGCAGAAGAUCCAGCUGGGCCUGGUCACCAUGGUGGAGAAGAAGAUGAUCCCCAACCGGCUGGUGAACACCAACAAAUGCAUCUGUCUGCUCUCCCGCUGGCCUUUCUUUGAGUCCUUCCGCAAGUUCCUGAUGUUCCUCUACAAGCUGUCCGUCUCAGGCCCGCACCCGCUGCCUAUUGAGAAGCACAUCUCGCACUUCAUGCACAAUGUGUCAUUUCCUUCCCCUCAAAGACCCAGAAUCUUGGUCCAGCUCUCGGCACAUGACACCUUGAUCCUCUCCCAGCCCGUGUGCACACCUUUACCCCUCAGUGGGGCAGACUACGGCACUCUGCUGAUGAAUCUGGGCUCGGACAACUGCGCCACUCUGCUGCACUUUGUCCUGCUCGAGAGCAAGAUCCUGCUGCACUCGCUCCGGCCCGCUGUGCUCACCGGAGUGGCCGAGGCUGUGGUGGCUAUGAUCUUCCCCUUUCAGUGGCAGUGUCCCUACAUCCCCCUGUGUCCACUCUCUCUGGCAGGCGUCCUCAACGCUCCUUGUCCAUUCAUAGUGGGCGUGGACUCCCGCUACUUUGACCUUUACGACCCCCCGCCGGAUGUCGUCUGCGUGGACCUGGACACCAGCACUAUCUACCUGUCUGAUGACAAGAGACACAGCAACUGGAAGAACCUGCCAAAGAAACCAUGCAAGAGUCUCAUCAACUCACUGAGCAGCCUGCGCCACCAGCUGACCACUGUUUCAGCGCAUCAAACGACACAAGAGGUCUCAGCGGUGGACAUGACCCCCAUCGAGGCCGACUUCACCUGGCACAAGAAGAAGACAGCCCUGGAGAUGGAAAUCCAGGAGGCCUUUCUACGCUUCAUGGCUUCCAUCCUGAAGGGCUACCGCUGCUACCUCAAACCCAUCACCCAGGCGCCCUCUGAAAAGGCCACGGCCGCAGACUCCCUCUACGACCUGCAAGGGUUUCUCAGAAGCAGAGACCGCGCCCACCAGAAGUUUUACUCCCAGCUCACCAAGACGCAGAUCUUCAUCCGCUUCAUCGAGGAGUGCACCUUCGUCAGCGACAAGGACACCGGGUUGGCCUUUUUUGACGACUGCGUCGAGAAGCUUUUUCCCUCUGAUAAAAUCACAGACAAGGGCACCAAGGUUGAAGGAGAGUCGUCUGAGGAUACGAGACUGUUGGAGCUGGACGAGUCUCAAAAGAGUGAACACACCGUCUUUGUCAUGCCCCCCGAACCCCCAGCUAACAACGGACCUGAGCCUGCUUCGCAAUACACCUAUAAAGGUUUUCCCAGACUGCAGAUAGAUCUGUUUGACCGUCAAAGAGCGUUACGGCCAGCGCUGAGCAGCAGAGCAGCAGGGGCCAGCCUGUCCAGCAGCCCUGCCCUGCUGGGGAAGAGGACGAAGCAGGAAAUUAAGCUCGCCUACAAGAUGGCAAAGCGUUUCUACUCGAACCCACCGCUGUGGGGCCGCUGUCUCUUCAGCCACUGCUACAGCAUAUGGUUCAUCUGCCUGCCAGCAGGAGUGCGACUGGCCAAGUCAAAGAGCCGCGCCAUGCAGCAGGCCUACAACGUCCUCUUGAAGAUGAGGACCACUGAGGUGGAGGCGCUGGAUGAGGUAUGUUACCGGGUGGUGAUGCAGCUGUGUGGUGUGUGGCAGCUUCCGGUUAUGGCUGUCCGAGUCCUGGUUGAGAUGAAGAAGGCUGGAAUACAGCCCAACGCCAUCACGUAUGGCUACUACAACAAGGCUAUCUUAGAGAGUCCAUGGCCGAGCCGAAACCGCAGCGGCCUCUUUAUGUGGACCAAGGUUCGGAAUGUGCUUCGAGGAGUGGCCCAGUUCAAGCACGCCCUGCACCGUACAUCUUCCAAGAAGGGACCCACACUUGGUACCACAGUAGGAGGGUCAGCAGUCACUGACACAGACCAUUUGAGUCAUGGAAGUGCUGACAGCUCCAGUGAGGUCAAUGGUGAGGAACAUAACCUGUUUGCCCACAGUCACAGUAUGGGAGAUGCAACAGACAACCACUGUAGUACAGAAAAGCAGUCUGAUCAAGGCUAUGGCUCCAAGGAUGAGAUACACCAGGAGCUGACUGAGCCUUUACUCCCAGCUGUCCUGUCCACUGAAGACAGAAACAAGGCGAAAACAGAGCAUCAUGGAGGCGACAGUGUUGGCUCAGGGGACUGUGACGGAGCAGUAGCAGAACCCUCCAGUCCUGCUGAUGUGCUCCCAUCUGUUCCUAGUAUUGUGAAGCUGUCUACAGGGAGCUUUGAUGGUGAAACAGGUACAGGGAAGCUGUUCAGGAGACACAGCAAGAACGACAGUGCGCCCUUCCCUGAUGACGACGCCUCGCUAGCAGCAGGAGAUGGAACCAGCCAGCCCCAGCAGCAGCCUUUGCUGAAGAAGUCCUUUGCUGAACGCAGCUGUAGCUUCAGUGCCGAGAGCCGGGCUAGAAUGCUCCAAGAGAAAGGUGUGGACCACAUGGCCAGCCAGAUGGGAGCUGAUGCUCGUAUCCUGGCUGCAGCACUCUCUGGUGGCCAAAGCCCAACCCCCAGAAGUGUGCCCACAGCACUUAAAGACCUGGAGGAGGAGCCUGAAAAGGACCUGACACUUGGGAAGCUACCAGAGGAAGAGAGGCCACGACAAGAAGGGAAGCGAGAUACUAAAGCCGUGGAGGGGACUGAGGUGAAAAUGGAGGUUCAGGACAGGAAGCCCACUGAACCACAAGAGGAUGAGUCUGGCAUGCGAGGUGCGAACCUGGAGAGGGCGGACGUGGAAGUGGGUGCCGACCCACUUUCUCUCCUGGUGUCAGAGAGCGAAGAGUCAGCCUCUGUCACCAGUCAGGAGCCUGCACGCUCCAUGCCGGCAGUGGUGUCCCGCAACCUGGCAGAGGAGAUUGAAAUGUAUAUGAGCCUGCGAAGCCCCCUGGGGGUCAAGUCCUCCAGCAUGGAGCUCCAGCAGACCCUAGGAGACUCCACAGAUGCCCCACAGCCCACACAGACUGUGGAGCGGAGGUCCAGCCUCCCUGUGCCUCAGGUUAAAACUCCAGCCAGCUCUCCACAUGAUACCCCCAAACGCACUCCCCCGACUGUUACUCGCUCUAAGACCUUUGCUGCAAAGACAAAGACCCCCUCCAGUACCACGGCUAGCCCAGGUGCUCGAUCAUCCUCACUGACAGCGCUGGUCAAAUCCUCACAGGGAGGCUCUCUGGGCUCAGUCAUCAACACUAUUUCAGGCAUCAAGAUGGACACCCUGUUGUCAGGACCUAAGAUUGAUGUGCUAAAGUCUGGCAUGAAGCAGGCGGCAAAUGUGGCCAGCAAAAUGUGGGGGGCAGUGGCAUCAGCGUACUCCUACUCAGAUGAUGAGGAUGAGCAACCUCAGGGCGAUGGUGGCUUCCCAGCUCAUCUGGAUGAACACGUGUUAGCUGAACAUGACAUAGAUGAGAGUCAUGAAAGGGGGGGCAUCCCAGGUUUGGUGGCCAACGGUCUGAACCAGAGCUGCACCAGCCUGGGCAGCAGCAGUGGCAGCAGUGACACGGGCCGAGGGACCCACCAGACCUACCCAGCUCUAGCACGAGCAGGCAGGGGCCCCGACUCUGAGCAGAGCUCCUCACAUCACGCUUCCUCCUCAAGCAUCUUCCAGAACUGUGCACUGGAGGUGCUGAUGUCCAGCUGCUCUCAGUGCCGCUCCUGUGAGGCUCUAGUGUACGACGAGGAGAUCAUGGCGGGCUGGACGGCCGACGACUCCAACCUCAAUACCAGCUGUCCUUUCUGUUGCACAGCCUUCCUUCCCUUAUUGCACGUCGAGUUUCAUGACAUGCGCACAGUAACUGGGUUCUACAUGAAUCCCAGUGCCUCAGGAGACAGUAUCCACGGCAGCAGUAACCAGCCCACUGCCAGCAGUUCAGCUGACAUUAAGACACCAGAUCUUAUCACUUUCCCUGAAGAGGAACCUAAGACAACUCCAGAAAACCACUCUGGACCACAGAAGAGUCUGAUUCCAGAGCCGGUGCAGUCUGACCCCCUGGGCCUCCUGGAGCACCAGGCAGCAGGGAAGCAGCAGCGAUGCAGCGGGACAUCGCUGACGCGCAGCAACAGCGUUGGAGGUCCCCUGCAGAGCCUGGACUACUCCCAGAGACCUGGACAUGCCGUCUCCACCACCAGCCUGCCCUGCAGCCUGCAAGAGGUGUCGGAUGGCAUAGGUACCAAACGCCCGAACCCCAAGCCCGUGUCUGUACCGUACCUUAGCCCCUUGGUGCUGCGCAAGGAGCUGGAGACCCUGCUGGAGAACGAGGGGGAUCAGGUGAUCUACACCCACAAGUUCCUCAGCCAGCACCCCAUCAUCUUCUGGAACCUAGUGUGGUAUUUCCGUCGCUUGGACCUGCCCACUCACUUACCUGGUCUCAUUCUCACCUCUGAACACUGCAACAAUGGAGUACAGCUGCCCCUGACGUCACUGUCCCAGGACAGUAAGCUGGUGUAUGUCCAGCUCCUGUGGGACAACAUCAACCUGCACCAGGAGCCUGGAGAUCCCCUCUACCUGCUGUGGAGGAGCUUGUUGGAGAAGAAGGGGACUUUGGCACCAACAGACCACCAGGAGAUUCGAACUCUGCUCAACACGAUUGUCCGCAACAUCCAGACCAACGACGUCUACGGACCAAUCAACCUGUUGAUCCGAGAGCUCAAACGGCGCCCAGAAGGGGUCAAGCGACAGAGGAGUAUCUAUAGAGAAAUACUGUUCCUUUCACUGGUGGCCUUGGGACGGGAGAACAUCGAUGUCGAGGCCUUCGACAGGGAGUACCAACUGGCAUACAAGGAGCUCAGCCCUGAGCAGCUCAAGUCUUUGCACCGUAUCGACCAACCGCCCACCCCCAGCGUCCAGUGGUGCCUUAAAUGUUUUGGAAGCCCCUUCAUCUGACCACCUGCAGCAAGGAGACUAAAUCUGACUGGACACAGGAGGACAGACGGAAGGAAGUAGUGGCUGGUGGCCUGGGCUGUGAACGGAAAAGGUUUCUAGUGAAGCACCUCCAGUUGCACAAACAUGGUACUUCUUCUUCCCCUGUCCUGGAAGAUACCCUCGGUCUGCUUUGCUACAACCUCCAUAUGCUGUUCAUAGUUUUUUCCAGGCAGCUCUCUGCAGGUUUGUCACCUGCAGAGAGCUGCAGUGACUCUUUGGGGACUAGUCGAGGUGAGUUUCUUUACAGAUGGUGUAUAGAAGGAGUCAUCCCUGUGGUGGAGAUGUUUCUGUGUUUCCUGUCUCUUAGGCUUUUGCCCACUUUGCCUAAAUGUGUCCUAACUCUCCUCAGAUGAGAUCAGUUGUUUGCGACUGUGUACAGACCCUGAUUGUUCCCACGUGCACUUUUCUUAAAAAGAAAAAAGUAACUCGUGUCCACCUGUGUUUUUGUACAUAGGAUUUUUUUUUUUUUGGUUUUUUUACUUGGAGGAAAUCUGAACCCAGAGUUGCCCAUGUUUUUCAGAGGCAGCGAGUCUCGAUGCCUUGACUGUUUGUGUCUUAAUGAAUAUUUCAUUUUGCAUGCACAGGUUCAGAGUGAGGCUCUGUGUACGUAUGUGUGGCAUGUAAAUGGGAAAAUGCUGUCAAUGACAAUCACUAACUAUAUCAAUCACUAAAACUGCUUCUCAACAUUCCUCAUGCCCUGCAGUCCACUGUAGCUUUAAACGCAGCCAUCAUGUGGGAAGGUGUGCGCCACCGACUCCCAUACGCUGUCAGGGAAGACAAACGGCAGUGUCACACUCAUCAGUCCAGCUUCUGGUUUUAAUAACUGCAUUUUUAACAGUAACCUUCUGUAUGUGUUCAGCUAACAUGCCUUAUUGUUAGGAUACAUUAGAACUGCUUACUCUAGCAUAGAAUGAACCAUUAGGGGGUUUUAAAUUGGGUACAGGAUGGCUUUUUAUGGUUUACACACAGUAGCUUUGACUUACAAAGGGUUUCUUCAGGACUGGUGAUGCUGUGUCAGGAAGAAAGCCUUUGACGUGACGUUCAACUCAAUGAAACGGCCAAAACAGGUGAAGCACUGUGAUCGACAGUUGGGAAAUGGGUGUAGAUAGUCCUGUUGUAGACUAGGGAGAGUGAUGCUGACUUGUACAGAUGACAUAAUGUUGUAAAAUAUUGAAUUUGCACAGAUUACAACCUAACCCAGGGUGAGGAUGAGCUGAGACCACCUCAGACUAUUAACAUACAGUAGUUGUUCCUCCAAAACAAAAAGAAAAUCCUGAUUAUUUAUUUUUGUAUUCUUGAAAAAGAUUGCAAACAGUGUAGUAACUUUAGUAAUGCAUUUUUAUUACUAACAGUGCCCUGUUCCCACCACGUACUGACUAAAUAUGCCCCCCUUAUGGCAGAGGAUGUACAGAAGAGACUGUUCUUUAACAAUAGAUUAAAUGAUCUUAGUCCUGUGGGAAGGAAUUGAAUGUCUACACUUAAGCUCGCUGCAAUAAAUGAGUUCGUGAACUGAUUGAAAA